AUGUCUGUUGCUACUAUUCCUUUACAAUGGUUGAUACCGACUUCCAUUUCAAAUGGCUUUUUAUUUCGUUGUCCAUUAACGUUGAAACAAUUAGUGAAGGAUGACAUAUGUAGUACAUAUUUUCGGCAAUUAUUAAAAGUUGUUGAAAUCGAUUACAAUAUUCGAGAUUUUCAUUUAGAAUUGCAACAACAAAGUAGUCUAGAUUUAUACAUCUAUUAUAAAGAUUCUAAAGAAAAACAGGGACCUCAUCGAACAACUGUUUGUAUUUCAUGCGACAAAACAACAGAAUUAUUUAGCAUAACAUUAAUCUCCGAACAACAACACACGCGGGCAUGGUUUGACGGUCGAAAUCGGCCAAAACUAAUUUUAACGCCGAUUCGACAUUUGCACAGAUUAUCGGAGAUGACUGAUAAGGAAUUUAGCUCAUUUUGGUUUGACGCUGUAACAUUAGCUGACCGAGAAUUUGGAGAUGAGAUCUGGUCAUCAAUGAUCGUUAAUCAUGGCGUUUAUCGAACACAUGAACAUUUGCAUUUGAAAAUUAAUUUUGAUAAACGUGUCUGGCAGAAAGCUGUACAAAACUGGAGUGAAGAACGAAAAGACAAAAUUCAAGAAAUGCAACAAUUACUAGAGCAAAAAGAUAUAUAUGAAAAAUGUUUUGGAUCGAAAAAGACAAAUAAGUAUGGUGGAAAGAUUUGA